AUGUCUGGAUCCGGUCGUGGUGGUUCGGGCCGUGGUGGCUACAGUCGCGACGGUUCUGGUCGUGGUGGCUCAUCUCAGGAAAUGCAUUACCGUGGUGGCCGACCUGGCGGGGACGAUGGUUCUCGUGGUGGCCGCGGUGGCUAUCAAGGUGGCCGACCUCCUAAGGAACCUCUUGUUGAUCCCAGCGUGGUGUGGGAGAACCCGGUGAAGGUUCCGAAUGAGACCAUCAAAUUCGAGGACAAAUGGAUUUCCGAGAACAAGGGCAAACGUGCUGAAAAGGGCCAACUGGCUUUGCGUCCUGCCUAUGGUACCAAGGGAAAGUCCAUUGUCGUGCGGGCGAACUACUUCGAGAUGGAGCUCAAGCCAACGGCCAAGUUCCACUCCUACAUCGCCAAGAUCGAUCCGGAGCCGAAGGCCAAGCGGCAUCUGCGUGAGAUCUGGAAGAAAGUUCUCUCACACCAAAAGAUCGUUGAAGUUGGGGGUGCCUGCGACAAUGCCACUGAACUGGUGACUUUGGGAAGCCUUGGUGACAUGCCUAUCAUCAACAUCCAAAUCCCGGAAAAGGAUGACAGUCACAAGGACUACAGUGUCACGCUGAAGCUUAAUGGUUCUGGUUUAAUCGACCACCAUGACCUCCUCAAUGCCCUCGCCAACCCCCGGAAAGUGUCCCCCACUGAUAACGAGGCCAUUGUGGUGCGGGCCCUGAAUAUUCUGAUGGCUGCCUAUCCCGGCACCCAGAGGGAUGUUAUCACUCUUGGCAAGGGUAACAACAACAAGUUUUUUUGGGUCAGUGACGAUCGGAAGCAGUGGGCAAAGCUCGAUGAUACUCUACAGUGCCUUCGUGGUUACUAUGCUAGUGUGCGUCCUGGAGCUAGCAGUUUAUUUCUCAACCUGAGUGUCAACCACAGCGCAUUUUACAAGCCCGGCAAGUUGGAAGAUCUGUGGAAUGUGGUUCCGCCGAAUUAUCGUACGGACCGUCAGCUCUUCAGCAGAUACGUCAGGAUGCUUCGAGUCCAGUGCAGUCACCUCAAGGAUCCCGGCGAAAAUGGCGAAAAAAACGCUGUCCCUCGCGUCAAGACCAUCUGGAGCCUUGCGGACCCGGAAGAUGGAAAGAACGAGCCGAAUCCGCCCCUCUUUAAGGAGAUUGCGCAAAAUGGAAGCACACCGGAAACCAGAAGACGGGCAUUUGGAGCUGAUGCGUACAGCGUCAGGUUCUUCCAUCGAGGGAAGAAUAAACAUGUGACCGUCGCGGAGUACUUCCAGGAUGGCUCGGUAGAGUACAAGAUGAAAUUGAAGCCGGGCUUGCCAUUGUUGAACACCUGUCUAUCUUCCUAUGGAUGUCUUGACGAUCCCCCUGGGUCGGUCUUCCGCGGCGAAUUGAACUUGACUCAGCGCCAGAAUAUCAUCGGGUUCAGCUGCCGGCAGCCUCCACAAAAUUACAAGUCGAUCAAGGAGCACGGCCUCGAUAUCACUGGAGUGCAGAACAACGCCACGAAGAAACUCGGAAUGAGAGUCCAGGAUGAAAUGGUUGCCGUGCCUGCUCGAAUUCUGAAUCCUCCGGUCGUGGUGUACCGAAAUGGCAAAAAGCCGCAAUCGAAACCGGGUGUAUGGAAUUUGUCACAAGUGCAAUUUACCAAGAGUCCUUAUCAAACCAAGAAGUGGGCCGGUGUCUUGAUCAAGACCCCGAGAAGCAGGGACCCUGGAGCUUCAUCGGUAUCGGCGCUCAAGGCUUUCGAGACGGAGAUGGCAAAGUUGGGCAUGAGUGUGAAGGGCCUCGUCGGGGGAAUUAAGACCGUCAAUCUUCAGGAUAAUCUCAAAGAACAGCUUGAUCAACUCGACGCAUUGAUCUCCAGUAUCAAAGGACAGCAAUUUGACUUCGUGGUCAUUAUCAUGCCCGUCGGCGCGGAUCGAGUUUUCGACCAUCUCAAAUGGCGUGCAGAUACCGUGGAUGGGGUUGUGAUCCACUGCUGUUCUGUGGACAAGAUCACCCCCCAACGAGAUCCCGCAAAUUUCCAGUACUUCGCCAAUAAUGCCAUGAAGAUCAAUCUUCGCUUGGGAGGUGUUAACCAGUCGCUCGAUCCUUCGUCUUCUGCACUGAUUGCGGCAGGCAAUACUAUGGUUGUUGGCCUUGAUGUGACCCACCCCUCACCUACUGAUCCUGACAAGUUUCCAAGCAUUGCUUCCAUUGUCGCCAGCACCGAUAAGUCAAUGGGGCAGUGGCCUGGUCAGGUCAAGAUUCAAACGCGCCGAAAGGAGAACGUUGAACACUUGGUCGAGAUGAUGAAGGCACGUCUCCAGCGCUGGAAGAAGGACAACGGAAAGUUCCCCGAGAAUCUUGUGAUCUUCCGAGACGGCGUUAGCGAAGGCCAGUAUGAUAUGGUACUGAGCGACGAGCUGCCCCAGGUCAAGAAAGCCUGCGAGUCGUGCCGUUGCAGCACCAACAUCACGGUCCUGGUGGGUGGCAAGCGUCACCACACACGUUUCUUCCCGACCAGCAAAAAUGAUUGCGAUAAUAAUAACAACUGCAAGAAUGGCACCGUGGUUGAUCGUGUCAUUACCCGCCCUUUCUACUGGGAGUUCUUCCUUCAGGCGCAGACUCCAAUCCAGGGUUCGGCUCGUUCAGCCCACUAUGUGGUCAUUCACGACGAGAUCUUUACAAACUCGAAGGUGAACCGUGAAAAUCCAGCGGAUGCCAUUCAACAGCUGACCCACAACAUCUGCUACAUGAUGGGUCGCUGCACUCGCUCGAUCAGCUACAGCACUCCUGCUUUCCUGGCGGACCGGUUUGCCGAUCGUGCUCGCAAGUACGUUCGCGCUUACUACUACGACCAGCAGAUCCGGCAUCGUAACUAUAACCCUCCUGCUCCUGCUGAUGGGGUUACUGUUUUGGCAGAGCGGCUUCGGGAGACUAUGGUCUACAUUUGA